AUGGAGAAAAUAAAAAUUCCAUUGUACAAAGUACUUUUAAUGGGAGAUUCUGGUGUUGGAAAAACUUGCAUACUAGACUCAUUUUUGUGUGAUAGUUUUAUUGAAAAUCAUGAUUCAACAAUUGGUGUUGAUUUUAAGGCAAAAAUGAUAGAGAUCAAUGGAACAAUAAUCAAGCUUCAAUUAUGGGAUACAGCUGGUCAAGAGAGAUUUAGAAAUGUCACAACAGCUUAUUAUCAUGAAGCAAAAGGAAUAAUUCUUGUUUAUGAUGUAACAAAUGAAAAAAGUUUUGAUAAUAUAAUAAAUUGGCUUUCUCUUGUCAAUGAUCGUGCUCCUGCUGAUGUUAAAAAAAUUCUUCUUGGUACAAAAUGUGAUAUAGAAAAUAAGAGAAAAGUACCAAAGGAAAGAGGCGAACAAUUAGCUGUAAAAUAUAAGAUGAAAUUUUUAGAAACAUCUUCUAAAAUGAAUAUUAAUAUUGAAGAAGCAUUUUUCUUACUUGCACGUGAUAUUUACAUCGCCGAAAACGAAGAUAUUGUAUUGAAUACUUCAACGAAUGAUCGCAAUAUUUUACUGCAAUCAUCAUCAAAAAAAAAAAAAAAGGAAAUGUUUUCUAUGCUGUACACUGUGUUAAUAAAUGUAAAUUAA